AUGCGCGUUCCGAUGAUGGCCGCCUCUCAUUUGGUGAGCGCUGCCCAGUGGAUCGCAGGAGUCAUCACGGAGCAGGUCAUCACCAGCAAGCUCAAGGAAUGGGUUUCCCAGUUCUCCGGCCUGGGCACCGAUAUCGACAGUCUCAAGGCACAGAUGAGCUUCGUGGAGACGGCGCUCAGCAUGGCCCAGGGGAGGCGGAUCCGGAACAAUCACCUGACCAGCCUCCUCGCCAAGUUGCACCAGCUGCUGUACGAUGCUGACGAUGCGCUCGACGAGAUCGAGUACCACCGCAUCCAUCAGGAUCAGGAUGCGCGAAGUCGUGACCAGCAGGCCACCAGCGGCAGCAUGGUCCACGCACCGUCAACGGCGGCCACGGCCGUACUACAUCUGCUGAGCGAUGUGGUGAGCCACCAGCCGUUGGCCUCCUCAACGUUCAGGGACAUGUUCAUGUACCCCUGGCCUUGGGGCCCGAGGAAGCGCAGAAAGCUCACAGCUGACACCAAUGCCUUGGAUCUGCCUUUGGUAGAGCUUGACUGGGGUGCUCUUGGGCGGAGGAUCAGAGAGGCCACAUCCCAGCUCCGGGUUGUCAGCGAGCAGGUGCACAGGGCGCUGCAGCUAGAGGAACUGAAGUCUAUCAGUCAGGCGGCUCACAGCCAGCUUAACAAUCUACGAUUGACGACCUCAUACCCCGCCGGAGAGCACAAGAUGUUCGGCAGAAAUGGCGAGGACAGCAUCAUUGAGGUGCUCACCGACAUCCGAUGCUGCAGCCAGAGUAGGCUGCUGGUGCUCCCCGUCGUCGGCAACGGCGGCAUAGGAAAGACUACUUUGCUGCAGCACGUGUACCACGACAAGAGAAUCCGGAGCUUCUUCCACACCAGGAUGUGGAUCUGUGUAUCCCACUGUCACAAUUUCAGUGUCUUGCGGUUAACGCGUGAGAUGCUGGAGGCCGCCACUGGUAACAAGCAGGACAGGGGAAGCAAGAACUUGGACAGCCUUCAAAACAAUCUAGUCAAAAGGUUGCAAGGGAAGAGGUUUCUGCUUGUCUUUGAUGACCUUUGGACUGUCGAUGAGAAAAAAUGGGAAUUGCUAUUGGCUCCAUUCAACUAUAUCAAGGCCUCCACCAAUUGUACCAUCUUGGUGACCACCCGAGACCGCCGCGUCGCAGAGCUGAUCAGCACAACGUCACCGAUCAAUUUGAGUGGUCUGGAGAGAGAAGUAUUCUGGGAUUGCUUUAGAGCUUACAUAUUUGGUGAUGAGAAGCAUGACGGGCAUCAACAUUUACAGCCCAUUGGAAGAGAAAUUGCUAGAAAAUUGAAUGGUUAUCCCUUGGCAGCAAAAAGUGUAGGGGCAUUACUGAGGAAGGACCUGACCAUUGAACAUUGGAGUAGAAUUUUAGAGAGCAGGGCAUGGGAAGAGCAGAAUGGAACUGAUGGCAUCAUGUCUAUUCUAAGGCUUAGUUAUGAGUACCUUCCAUUUCAUCUCCAGAGGUGCUUCUCAUAUUGCUCGUUGUUUCCAAAGGGCUACCGGUUCCUUGAGAAAGAUCUGGUGCUCAUUUGGAACUCACAAGGUUUCAUUGAUACUAGAUUUGAUAGGAAGCCAGAAGAAGUUGGUCAUGAAUAUAUGAACCACUUGGUGUGUUUGGGAUUCUUUCAGAAGGAGGUCAAUCCAGCAAAUUGUGAAACCUGGUACCUUAUGCAUGAUAUAAUACAUGACUUGGCAAUUAAUGUAUCUUCACAUUAUUGCUUGACUAUUGAUCGCAUCUCCACGUUCAAUAUGCACCCAUCAGCAACCAUUCGUCAUAUGUCCAUAAUUACGGAGACUAUGUAUCAUGAGGAUAUAUCCAGUAAUGCGACACGUAAUGAGGACAUUGAAAAGGUAGUAGUCAAGAUAGCCAGUUUGCUGCAGAAGAAAUACCUGAGGUCCUUGAUGUUGUUUGGCAGAUAUGAUUCCAACUUUGCACAUGUUUUUCGGCUGGCCUUCAGAGAAGCAACAAAUAUGCGCUCAAUAAUAAUGUGCAUGAUGUCCUAUCAUGAAGGUUCUCUGUUGUAUGACCUAAGCCAAUGCAUUCAUCUUCGCUACAUAAAAAUUAUUGCUUAUGAUCAAGUGCAACUCCCAGAAGUCUUGGGUAGGCUCUACCAUUUGCAAGUGCUGGAUGUAGGAGGAACCACUGGUGAUCUGACAAGAAAUGUCUCUAGUGGAUACAGUGAAGCAUCAGCUCCAGCAUGGUUGGCAAAACAUAUGUUCCUCACUUCCCUGCGCUGUCUCUAUCUUGAUAACUGCAAGGGAUGCAAAGAUCUUCCAUCAUUUUCACUGUUUCCAGCACUUAAGAAACUGCAUUUAAUCAGCUUGCUUGAUAUUACAGAGUUGCAAAGUGCUUCUUUAGAGGAAGUGAUAUUAUCUGAUAUGCCAAAACUAAAGAAAUGGAGUUCCUCUGAAAAGUACCAACUAAUAGAUGAUCUACAGGUACUUGAAAUAUGCAACUGCCCCAUACUGAGAUACUUGCCUUUACCACCUACAUGUAAUUCUGCAGUAGCAAAGUACCGCCAACUCCAAAGUGUGGUGAUUAAGGGUUGCCCUUGCCUGAUGGGAUUACCACCACUUCCUCUGGGUCCCAAAAUUAAGCUGUUGGUUGAGGAUGUACAAUCAUUUCCAUGUAGCCGCAUGUCCUACAGUGCAGAUACCAAUCCAAGCUUGCUCUUAAUGGGGAAGGAUGAUCUGAGAGUACUUGAUGGAAAUGUUAUAUCAUUUCAAAAUCUAGCUUCUUUGCAAGAGCUCUCCAUUGAUACAUGUCCAAACCUCACAAGCAUCUCAUGGCAAGGACUUCACCAAUUUAGCAUAUUGAAGGAUCUGACAAUAUAUCAUUGCCCAAACCUGCUCUCAGUGCAGAUGACAGAAACAGAGCGAACGCUUGCUAAGGGACUUCUUCCAUCACUCCAGAGGCUUGAAAUCUGGUCGUGUGGUAUCACUGGAAAAAAUCUAUCUUGUUUACUAUCACAUGCACCAAAUCUUUCUUUCCUGAAGCUAAAAGAGUGUCGGCGGAUCAGAAGGUUGACGGUACACCAACAUGCAGAUCAAGGCAGCCCAAUUUUGUUACCUGAUGGUGCAGCAGCUGAUGGGUUGUUGCACAUCCAUCCACGUUCAGUGUCAUCACUCCAAGAGUUGUGCUUUGACAGUUGCCCAACAAUAUGUGAAAAUGGGGAGGGUCUCCGGGGACUCAUCACACUAAAAAAAUUGGAGAUAUAUGAGUGCCCAAGGUUCCUUUCUUACAUAGUGUUUCAAAAUGAAGAUAUCCAUCAUGUUGAAGGUACAUGUCUCCUUCCAUCAUCACUGCAAGUGCUCAAGAUAACCAAGGCAGAGUGGAAAUCAAUGUCGCUCCAUGGACUCACUGCCGUGGAGAGCUUAUCCAUUUGCCACAGCGAACUAGAAGCUCCUCACAUGGAAUCCUCUACAAAAUUGAAGUACAUUCAAGUUCUUGGAUGCACAGAGCUCACCUCCAUACAAGGUUUGCAAUUAUGUGUUGAGCUCAAAAAAUUGGAGGUAGUCUUUACCCAUGGGUUUUGGAGAGCUUGGGAUCUUGAGCUGCAAAGAGAGGGAGAAAGCAACAAAUUACUGUUUCCAGUGGAACUCAUCCAUACGAGUGAUAGUUCAAUGCUUACUUUGUCAAUAUGCAAGCACCUUGAUCACCUUAGGAGGUUAGAGUUUCGUGGCCUAUCCAAUAAACUAGAAACAGAGCAGGAGAAAGCACUUCAACAGCUCACCUCACUCAAUGAGCUACAAUUCUUUGAUUGUGAUUAUGGCUUCUCCGUACCAGUAGAACUACAUCAGCUUACAUCCCUCAAGAAGUUAGAGCUCAUGAACUGUUCGACUAUUUCAUCAUUUUCCGAGAGAGGCCUGCCGCCUCGCUUGGAGCAUUUGGUAAUUAUUGAUUGCAAAUAUCUCGAGUCAUUACCUGCUGGAAUAUAUGAAAAUUCCUUUCUGAAGAAAUUGGAGAUGAAGUCCUGUCCACGAAUUCGGUCACUGCCAAGAGGGGGCCUGCCAGCUUCUCUUCGAGAAUUGAGGUUUGAAAAAUGCAGCAGUAAGCUGCAGGAGCAUCUCCAGAGUAUGGAUAAAGCUGACAUGGUCAUAGUAUGGUCAUGA